AUGACAAUGGUGCUAAGAAGAGGAGCGAUGACACUCACCUUCCUAUUCCAAACCCCUCCUCCUUCUCUCUAUCUCUCCCACAAUUCCUCUCUCUCUAUUCCCAGAACAACCAUAACCCCUUCUCCUCUCUCUUUCCGACACUCUUCAAUCCCCGCUUCCAAAACCCUAACCCCUUCCGAGAAACCCCUCUUGUUCAUCCCACCAGGACUUGAACCCGCCCAAAUCAACCACUCCAUGAUUCUCCCCUUCUCCAACAUCGUCGUCGGACCCUACGCCGGCGAUUCUCGAAUCAAAGAUGUCCAGUUCGUUAAGAGUAGUCCCCGUGCCAAAGACUGCCCUAAAGAUGACCGACCGGAAUUCGCUAUUCUUGGUCGUUCUAAUGUCGGCAAGUCUUCUCUCAUCAACUCUCUUGUUCGUAAGAAAGAACUCGCUCUCACCUCUAAAAAACCAGGGAAGACACAGCUUAUCAAUCACUUUUUGGUCAACAAAAGCUGGUACCUUGUGGAUUUACCUGGUUAUGGUUUUGCUAAAGCAUCUGAAUCCGCUAAAACAGACUGGUCUUCGUUUACAAAAGGUUACUUUUUAAAUAGAAAUACUCUAGUGUCUGUCUUGCUUCUUAUUGAUGCAAGUGUUCCGCCUCAAAGGAUUGACUUCGAUUGUGCAAAUUGGCUUGGACGCAAUAACAUACCAAUUACCUUUGUUUUCACAAAAUGUGACAAAAUGAAGGCGGCGAAGGGAAAGCGGCCGGAUGAAAACAUAAAAGAAUUUCAAGAGAUAAUUAAACAAAACUACAAACAACAUCCCCCGUGGAUUAUGACCAGCGGCGUCACUGGAUUGGGAAGAGAUGAGCUUCUCUUGCAUGUAUCUCAGCUAAGAAACUACUGGGAUCAAUAG